AAGACUUGGUUUCAAAAAUAAAUUCAUCAAAAAAUUGCACAACAAUGGAUUUAACCUUGAUAAUAGUGUGGAUCACAACAUUUAUCGGAUUUCUUAUUUAUAGAAAAAUUAAAGGAAUUUAUGAUGACUUGGAAAGCAUGGGUAUUCCAUAUGAAGGCGCACUUAAAGGAUGGAUGACAAUGCUUAAAAUAUUUAGUUCUAAAGAGCACUUUAUGAACAGCAUAACAGAUCAAUAUAAUCGAUUUAAGGGACAACAGAUCAUCCCAUCAUUCAGUCUUACCAAAAGAUCCUUCUUGAUUCGCGAUCCUGCACUCGUUAAGCAAAUUACAACCAAAGAUUUUGACACGUUUAUGAAUCAUGAUAAGAACCUUAAUCCAGAUAUGGAUAAGCUGUCCGGUCGGAUGUUGUUUACAUUGUUUGAUGAUGAAUGGAGGAACAUGAGGAACAUCUUAAGUCCAAUAUUUACAAGCAGUAAAAUGAAGAUGAUGUUUGGGAUCUUAGCUGAUUGUACAAAUGACUUUACUGAGCAUUUUGAAGAAAAAGCUAAAGAAACAGGAAGCAUGAUUAUGAAUUGUAAGGAAAGCUUCUCAAGAUUUACAGUUGACGGGAUCUGCUCAGCAGUUUUAGGAUUCAAGGGAGACUGCAUCAAGAACGAAGACAGCGAGCUUUUCAAAUUUACAAUGAAUCUUCAAAAAGUUGACUUUUGGAUGUUCUUAAAAAUCAUUGUAUUCAUGGUUGCUCAUAAGCUUUAUGUGAUCUUUAAGCUUCAAUUAACAAGAAAGGAUGUUUACGACUUUUUCUACAACGCAAUCGUCAAAGUGAUGAAGGAACGUGAGCAGAAUGGAAUCUUCCGUCCCGAUGUCAUUCAGCUGCUCAUGCAAGCCAAAAAGGGUCAACUUAAAAUGCAAGACAAGGAAAAUGAAGUCAAUGAGGAUGAAUUGUCAAAUUUCUCAGCUAAUAUUGAGUAUGAUGUGAAGGCAAAGAACACAAAGAUGACAAAUUGGACUGAUGAGCAUUACAUGGCACAAGGAAUGAUUUUCUUCCUUGCUGGAUUCGACACAACCAACAUUUUGCUGCAAAUUACAACAUACUCAUUAGCUAAGAAUAAGGAUGUCCAGCAGAAACUUAUCGAUGAAGUUGAUGACGUUGUCGUAGCUCUAGAUGGAAGUCAAGUCACAUAUGAAGCACUGCAUAAAAUGAAGUACUUGGACAUGGUCAUUAGUGAGGCUCUAAGGUACUGGCCACCAGCAGGUGAAAUAACAAGAGAGUGCAGCAAGGAUUACAACCUCAAACUAGACAAUGGAAAGACAAUAAAGCUAAAGGAAAGCGACAACAUACUUAUACCAACUUAUGCAAUCCAUCAUGACCCAAAAUACUAUGAAGAUCCUGAAAAGUUUGAUCCAGAAAGGUUCAGUGAUGAGAGGAAAGGAUCUAUUGUUGAUGGUGCUUAUGUGCCUUUUGGAUCCGGUCCUAGGGUCUGUAUCGGAUCCCGUUUUGCACUAAUGGAAGCUAAGUUGCUGCUUUUUAACAUUUUGAGGAAAUUUACAUUUGAAGUUUGUGACAAGACACCUGAAAAACUGGAACUAGCACCAAGUUUGACGAAUUUUGAAUUAAAAAGUCCAAUUGUUGUUGCAUUAAAGUUAAGAAAUUAAGAAUUUUAAGUCAAGGAUAGCUUUUUCAAGUAAGGCGUCCACUUGAUCAUUUUGUUAUCCCACCCUGAUUAAUGCUCUAGCUCUCAGUCUUUUAAAUAAUCCAUGCUGUAAGUUAAUAACCCUGGAAACGAACUACCUAUAAAAAAAUUCAAUUAAUUUUUUUAUUUCAUUAAUUUUUUUUUUUUUUAAUAAAAUAGCAAUUUGUCUCCUUUAAUCUCAUAAAAUUAUUUUAAUUACUUAUUUUAGUUCUUCAAGUAAGCAUUAACAAUAUUCUCAAUAAACCACUCAUUCCUAAACUGCAGAUGAUUCCCCUCAAUCUCAAUAAACUUAAGCUUUCCAUCUUCCUUCAUUUUCUUCAGUCCAAGCUUCUCUUUUGUAAAAAUAUCACUUUGUUCUAAUGUCAUCAGUUCCACAUCACUUCCAGGCUUAUAAAAUCCAAACCAUGAGCUGUCAACUGGCUGAACCAUCGAGUCAUUCAUGAACUUAACCAUGACGAAAUUUUCUAAUUUUUGGAGCCUGUCGAUGUAUUUUUGGUUGACUGACUUUUCAUUGUUGAUUUCAGCAAUGAAUGUGCUUUUGGUUCUGUAGAUGUCUUCGUUCUUUGGAUCAUGCCAAUAUGUGGCUUGGACGAGAGUUCGUUGAACCCAACCGGCGUAAGCUGCGAAGUUCAGAAUCUCACGGAGAUAUUCACAGGUUUUUGUGGUUAAGGAUGGACAGUUUGGGAGGCCGUAGACGCCUAAAAUUGAAUUUAAAAAAUUACAAUUUAAAAUUAAUUAAAAAAUCAAAAAACUUAAAAACUUUCAAAAAAUUUAGAUUUUUUCAAAAAUUCAAAAUUUUAUAAAAAAAAAUCAAAUACGUUUUAAAUUGAAUUAAUUUUAGAUCUGACCGUAGCCCAGUGAUGCCCAACCCGUGUUCCUUGGCACACUAGAGUGCCGAAAAAUUUGGGAUAUCCCACGAAACGUAUUUUGUGUGCGGUUUUGGUCAUGGCUAACGACUCAGGAUGCCAAGGCACAAAAAAGGUUUGACACCACUGCCUUAACCUAUAAAAACAUAACCCCCUAUCUCUCUAGUUACGAAGCUCGGCUCGUGUGUUGGGUGUAGUAUUGAUGUCUUUGGCAUAGAAUAUGCCUCCUUUGCUAGGUAUACAAGGAUAUACUAGCAUCUGGAUGACUUCCUUGCGCACACGGAUUGUGACUAGGUACAUUGCAGGGUACAUCAGGUCUUAUGACGUACUCGUGUCUUUGCAAUGUCCAGAGCUUGCAAGUGGUUCGGAUCCCACUAUAAACUGUAGGUCUAAAGGGUGUGGUACAAUAGAUUCUGUUCUAAUUUGAAUCGCAGUGCCUCCAGCUGAAAGGCUGGGCCCUUCACACAUUAUAUAAUAAUCUUUCUUUAUUUCAAAUUUGGAAUUAUUGUAGUUUAAGUUACAUUUCUUUGAGUCUUAUUUUGACACCAGCCUGAAUAUGGCUUUAAUUCAACUAUAUCUUGAUUAAUUAUUAAUUUUGAUGAUUGAGAUUUAAAAAAAAAAAAAAAAAAAAAAAACUUUUUUUUAAGCUUAUGAACUACGUUAAUAAAUUAUUUUUGAACUGGCUUGUUCGGUGCUGGUGGGCAGCUCAUGAAGCCAUACUUCACCAUGAUUUUAAAUGCAGUUCCUUGAGGUGCAUCCUUUGGGAUCUUUCCGGCUUCGUCGACGAAACUGCAGAACUGAUUUAUUGUUUCUUCAAUGUUGGGGAUUCUCUUUAGACGUUCUUGAGCUUCUGUGAAUUUCUUGAAAAGGCUUUCAUUCUUUACUGCUUCGUUGAGUUUCUCUGCAUAACUGAUAUUAUUGAUCAGUUGUUGCUGAUUAAUCUCUUCUUGAAAUGUUGCUGAUGAGUUACUUGCAGCAUUCACUGGUUGUGAAUGAGCAGAAACUUGAUGUCGUUUGCUUAACGAUGGAAAAUUGUUACUGUCCAAAAGACUUGAUAUCUGUGGCAGCAUUUUGAGUUGUGGUUUGGCUCUUGACUUUUCGAUUCUUUUGGAAUACGAAAUGAAUGAUGGGCACAGUCUAUAACUGGCAGCAUGAUCGCCAUUACAUUAAUGCACUUGGCAUUUCCAUCACGAGUGAAUCGUUGACAUUGAUUUGGUCCGUGAACUUCCGUGCACUUGACGCAUCGGAACUUAAAUCCACAAUUUUGAGAUGAGUGACCCCAACGUUGGCAGUUGAAGCACUGCGUUGGGCUUUUGUUGCCCUUCUUGAUGUUCUCCCACUUGACGAUGAUGUUGUCGAUGUUACGGUGGUUAUGAUUGAGCACGUUGAUGUUCACACUUUCAUCUUGAAAAUGCACAAGAUAAAAGGUGAACUCGGGCUUCUUGACGAGAAUUGUCACUUUGACAGCUGAAACCUUGGCUUCUUGAAGUAAUCUUAGUACUUCAUUCGUUGGUGUUUCGUAAAAUCCUUUCAGAACGAAUGACUUUGUUUUCUCCGAUUUCUCGGAGAAGGUGUGGAAUUGAAUAGUUUGAGACCGCAGAAGAUUUAUUAUUGAGGCCUUAUCCUCAAUAGACUUGACAAUUACUUGAGUUGUAUUUGAUGAUGAAAUUUUAUAUGCAGGCAUAACCUGUAAUUUCAAUAGUGAGAUUAAUUUUCUCACAUCCUUGAGACUGCAUUGCACAAAUAUUGGCUUGACUGAAGUUGUUGUUGUGACUGGAACCGAUGAUUCCUCUUUCUGAGGCGAUUGCUUCCUCUUCUUGGAAUUUUCAUUAGAUUUAAUUGGGCUUUCGUCCAAAUCAAUUUUUGGCGACAAAUCUUGCUUUCUUUUGACUUUCCUCAUUUUCCUUGAGGAAAACACAACCCUUGGCACUUAUUAAGAGGUUUUUCUCAACUAAUAACGACUUGGAAACUGUUUAAUUAAUUUGAUGAAAAUUUUCCACGUUUUUAAGCGCGGGGCUUGAAACUUUUUCUCACACAUUAUAUAUAUAACCCCCUAUUCCUCUCAAACACUAUAUUAAACUAUACCUUGAUGUUGUCCACCGAGCGUGAUCAAAUUCUUAACUUUAGCUGAUGGACAUCGUUGCACGAGUGCUCUUAGGAACUGUGAACCUUGUGAGAAUCCAAUGGCAUUGAAACCAUUCUUUAAAUUCUUAUCAUUUGUGAUUUGAAUGCAGGCGUCUUCAAU